AUUCUCCCUCAGUCAGUUGAGCAACGUGUAUCAGCGACAGGAUCCCGGCAGCGGCACUUUUAAACUCUUUAUUCAAACAUCGACUUCUGAAAAGCUUAAUGCUUCAAAGAAAGGCAAGAGUCUGAAUCAUAGGCGAGAGAAGAGGAAGAAGCAGAAGAAAAAGGAGUUAAAGUGAAAUUUUGCUGAUUUUCUAGAGUGGAAAAGAGAGAGAUUGAAAAUCAGUGUGUUUAAUAGAGACAGAGAAUCAUGCUUUAAGUCAACACAACAUGAUGGGUCUCACCAAGUAUUCCUACCCUCUUUGUGGCCACCUAAUGGUAUCAAGAGGUCAGACUUCCCCCUUGCUGUCUGAGGACUCCGUAUUUAUUCUCCACUGAGCAGCCUCACUUCAUCUCUGUAAGUUCAACAUAAACAAAAGCAUGCUUCUAAGCGCGUCAUGCCACAACACCACCUGCAAUGACACUCUCAAUGUCAACGGGAAUGGCAAGCCAGCUAUAAGCAUCAUCAUGUUCUUAGCUGCUGUGGUUGGAAACCUCCUGGCUCUCUUCAUCCUCGGUGUGCACCAGAAGGAACAUCGCUCCAGGUCCUCUGUCUUCUGCAUCCUGGUGACCGGCCUGGCCCUCACUGACCUGCUGGGCACCUGUCUCCUCAGCCCACCAGUGUUCAUCUGCUACGCCCGCAAGUUAUCCCUGAUUGGUCUGGGGGGUGAGAGCCUGUGCAAACUUUUCGGCUUUGCCAUGAGUUUCUUCGGCCUGGCUCCAACACUCAUCUUGUGUGCCAUGGCUGUGGAGCGCUGCUUGGCCAUCAGCCACCCUUACUUUUACUCAGUGCACAUCCGCCGGAGCUUUGCAAAAUUCACCCUUUUUUUUAUUUACCUCUUUUCUUUGCUCUUCUGCCUUCUGCCGUACACCGGCUAUGGCAAAUUCAGACAGUACUGUCCCGGGACGUGGUGCUUCAUUGACAUGGAUGCAAGAGGGGAUGAGCGGGCCAACUUGGUUAGGGCCUUCUCUGUUUCCUACUCCUCCCUCAUUUCUCUGCUGAUCCUGGCAGUUUUUGUGUGCAACGGCUCAGUGAUUGUCAGCCUGUGUCAGAUGCACAGGAACCAGAUAAUGCGCCGUGGCUCUGUUGGGUCCAGUGUGAAGAAGAGGAAGCUGAGCCUGGCCUGGUUUGGACAAGGGGAAGAGGAGAUAGAUCACCUGGUGCUGCUGGCGCUUAUCACAGUCAUCUUUGUGGUCUGCUCCCUGCCACUAACGAUUGCCGGCUUCAUCAACGCCAUUAAGCCAUUUUGUGGGGACACAGAGAACCUGACUGCCUUCCGCUUCUACGCCCUCAACCCCAUCGUGGAUCCCUGGGUCUUCAUCAUCUGCCGCAAGUCUGUGUUCCAUCACCUUUGCUCUCUGCUCAGCUGCCGCUUCGGCAGACGAGCGGUGAAGACAACAGCACACACCGCUCUGUCAUUACCCCUCGACAAUCACAUACAGCGCAACCCCCCAGACGUGACACUUUCACAGGCCAACAUUUACCCCAGUUUACCUUUGUGACCAAACAAAAACCUUCACUUAGCAGGGUUAAGUGGAGGCCUGAAAGCUUUCAUUUCUGAGAAACAUUAGGAGAACUUUGUGAAAGAAAACAUUUGCAAAAAUGAUUCCUCCACUCGACUUUUCAGGCACAAAGACGAUGACGGAGAACAUUGGAAAUCCAUGACAGUUUGACAAUGAAUGAACAUUGGAGAAGUAAUCGCAUUCGGUCUUAUAUUGACUGAGGUCAUAUGACUGAUGGAAACUGUGUCACAAAUCAAACAGCACUGUAACUUAGCACUAAGGAAUGCAUACCACCACAUAAAUCCUAUGUAUGCCUAUAUACUGUAAAAUCUGAAUAUAUGCACUUGGGUAUAGCUACAUUGGUAAACAAUACGCAUGACUGUAUGCUGUCUUCUUAUUUGUCUAUCUGCCAUUUCUUUAAAGGUGACAUAUCACGCUUUUUUCAUCAAUAUAUAUUGGUCUAAGAGGUCCCCAAAACAUGUCUUUAAAGUUUAUGCUCAAAAAAAACACUUUGAAAUCAGAUUUUGGUCUGCCUGAAAAUCCCUCUUCUUCAGCAGCCCUCAGAACACUCUGUUUUCUCUCUGACCACGCCCCCUCAGCCCUCGGCUCUCCGGCACGUUGAUCUAAUGUUUACAUGUUGGCUGAAUAUACACGGCUGCUCACAGACCCGCGUUACUUCAACCCUCUGAAUCUGAUCCAGAAUCUGAUCCUGACAGAGAGGCGCCUGCAGCAGGACCUUUCUGAACGAUUGGUCACAGAUUUAGUGUUUCUUGUUGUUUUAUUUAUCAGUAUGUAGACGUGUGUCUUGGUACACAGCUACCAACAUGUAGCUAUGUAACUAUGCUAACUAGCGCUAGCACUUAUCCAUGAUAAAUAAAAAUCAUCCACUAGAUCUUCAAAUCUGCAGACGUGGGGAGUAAAACCGACCUUUGUAUUUUAUAAAUACAGCCUACAACUAGCAUGCCUCCCUCCUAAGCUCCUUGUUAGCACACGUGUGCAGGGAAUGAAAAACAGAGUAGGAGUUGAGUAUUACUUUAUACAGUCUAUGGGCUGAAUAAGCUCUGAGCUCUGACUCCAUGACGGACCGGAUAUUGUUGUUACGUAACAAAAACAUGGAAGUCUGAAACGGUUCGUUUUAGACACAUUACAGAAAGGUGUAGAAAUCAGAACAGGGGCAGAAUGGAUUUUUUUCAUUCUCGGGGGGUUCGUAGACAUGCCAGGGACACAUAUUUCAGGUAAAGAACCAUUAAAAAGUCCAUUUUGCAUGAUAUGUCACCUUUAAGACACAGAAAUGAACUCUUUGCUAUUGUAUUGUCCACAUCUGCAGCUCCUACACACAACAGCUAUAACUUCAACAACAUGAGGAUUACCUGUUUGUCCUGACAUGUUCAUCUGUUUUCUUGAGAUCAGAAUUACAUUGUGUAAUGCAUCAGAGAUAGGUGAGUGCUAUGCAAAAUAGAGACACAUGUUAAUGUGUCAUUCACAUUUGGUCAUAAAACAAAUUAUUGGAUGGAUCCAAAUUCUGACAUUGUGAUUGCACUAAACAAGACGCGUGAUGGUAAUUAAAGUAGUUGUUACUUAUUCUCUUGACCCCGUUAGUCUCUCCACUAAAUAAGGAAAAACUGUCCAUUUGCUGACAAGUAUAGACUUGAUAAAAUAAAUGAAUGUAGCUUUUUGGGUCUGCAUAUGCGAUUUUGAAAUGCCUGGAAUCUGCUAUCUUUCUGGUGGCCAGCAGGGGGCAGCUCCAAGUCAAAUUAUAGAGAAGUUUGAGGAAAUGUUCUUUUUUUUCCACAAGGUGUUUUACUCUGAAACCUGAACCUUUGAUUUUUCUUAAUCAUUAGUUUCAAAUAUUUAAUACAACAAGACACUUGUUCAAAUUAUAUUCCUUAAUGUGAACUAUGCGAUUGAGAAGUUACAGCCAUGGUGACCUCUACUGAUCUCCCACUUCUCCAAACGUUGUUACUGUUUUUCUCCCAAACAUGCAGAUAGUGAACACUGAAAUGCAAAUCUUAAAGCCUAAAAACUGGGUAGUCUAAAAAUUGUCGUGUGACUUCAAGGUGGCUACAUCCACAUUUCACAUACUUUCUCUGUUGUCCAGGUAUUCAUCUUACAGGAAAUUUCAACAUCAUGGUCAUUAAACACUUUUCAGCGUAGACCUUGGCCUUUUGAGAGAAAAAACACAGUGCAGUGCAGAUUCUAAAAAAAAGAAGAGCUUUCUAAGCACUCUUUCAAUUGUAUGUAACUUUAGGCAGAAGUCUGGGUUCCAGCUGUUUUGCAUUUUCACCUCUGAAACUGCUCAUUCUCCUUUGAAGAUGCACUUGUAUGACUCAUAACACCUGAAUAUGCCGGUUUAGUUCUCGACAUAGCAAUCUUCCAUCUGCAGCACAAAAAGCUUGUGCACUGAAUCAUGAAUAUAAACAUAACAUUUAACAGAUAAUACUCCUAUAUCCAGCUGUUGUGUUCAGUUUACAAAAAAAGGUAACCUGUUGUGGAAACUUCUAGUCCAGACCAUUAUGUCUUUGUAGUGCAUGAAUGGUUCGAUCCUGACCCUGCUUCACAAUCUCACUGGUUUUUAAGCUACCUGAUGAUUACAUGUGAAUGUUUUUUAAGAACCUGUUGUGGUUUUAAAAUGCUGCAAAAUGCACUGUAAGAAUUUGUCUUUUGUUGUUGUGACUUUAAUGCUGUAGUUGUAUUUUAAUGUAGUGUAUUUAAACCUUUACACUGUGCUAUACUGGUGUGCAUACUAUCAGUUGUAUUUGUUUGGUUAAUGCAGUUGUGUGUAGAGAUAUACGUAAAGCAGAUGUGAUUUAUUAUUUAAGCGGUGUUGCACAUUCACUUCAUGCUUUAUCGUCUUUAAAGUCUCUGUCACGCAUGACCUGAGGUACGUCAGACACAUUACCACUUGCACAUAUGGUCUUUAAGGGUUUAAGUAUUUGAGUUUUGCAUCAGUUCAAGUUAAUACAUUUCUAGAAAAACAAUGUAUUAUUUUCCUUUCUCUGUGUAUGUUCACAAAAACUAUGUUGACAUUGAUUGUGAUGUUAAACAGUCCCACCUAUAAAAACAUGCUGUUCUCUGUAUAAUUCCUGACUAUCAUGAGUCCUGAGCAGGUUUGCCGUAUGUUUACAGUACAUGACAAGGGAGCAGUGACAAGAUAAAAACAAGAUGAUUCUAUAUAAAUUCAGAUUAUCAUUUGUUUGUCUUGAUAUGUCCUUAACAUAGGCCUUGACCAGCAGGGAGAAUUUACUUUACACACACAAAAUUGUAAAUAUAUAUCUGUAUGAUUAUGAAAACCAAAAUAAUAUACAGUAUAUCAAAGUUUAGAUGGAAUUAAAGGUUUCCAAAUAUA